AGAGUGCAGACCCCGCACCAUAGAAUAGUGAAUACUGGAUACUGAAUAAUGAAUAUCUUAAUAGUUAAUACUGAAUAAUCAUUAGUCAUACCACUCAUACCUAAUAUACUUCAUACGUACGACUCUUAAGUCCGUUGUUACGUUUUAUUCUCGUCACCGUUUCCGGUUGCUAACUCUACUAUACCUCUUUAGUAUAGACCGACCACGCAAUGGCCAACCCGAAAGUAUUUUUCGACAUGACCGUCGACGGACAACCGGCCGGCAGGAUCGUCAUCGAAUUACGGAAAGAUGUUGUGCCAAAAACUGCUGAGAAUUUCCGUGCCUUGUGCACUGGUGAAAAAGGUUAUGGUUAUAAAGGUAGUGUUUUCCACCGUGUCAUCCCCAACUUUAUGUGCCAAGGUGGUGACUUUACCAAUCAUAAUGGCACUGGAGGCAAAUCCAUUUACGGUGCUAAGUUUGGUGAUGAAAACUUUACCCUUAAACAUACUGGACCCGGUAUUUUAUCAAUGGCUAAUGCUGGUCCAAAUACUAAUGGUAGUCAGUUUUUCAUCACUACAGUAAAGACUACAUGGUUAGAUGGUAAACAUGUUGUUUUUGGAUCUGUUACCGAGGGUAUGGAUGUUGUAAAAAAAUUGGAGAGUUAUGGAACUGAUACAGGAGAGACCAAAAAGAAAGUCGUUGUAGCUAACAGUGGAGAACUUUAAGCAUUUUUUACACAUAUUCUGUUACUAACAUUUUCGUUCAAAAAUAUGCUAAAUUUUAUGUUAACUUUAUUCAUUAAAUGAAACAUUCCAUCUUUUAUUACAUAAUUAAUUUUCUCAUA